UCAGCUAUUGAAUUGUAAUUCAAAUAUUAAAAUCAUUUUAAUAUUUUCUUAUAUUCUUACAUUUAUUCCUAUAUUAAUCUUUUAUAUACAAAAUGCGCGAAGACAAGUAUAACGGAAACGGAGUAUUGAAUGGCAAUACCCUAUCGGACGGUGAAGACGCCGAUACCUUCUUGUUUAGCUCGGAAUCUGUAGGGGAAGGGCACCCGGACAAACUGUGCGAUCAGUUAAGUGAUGCCAUUUUGGACGCCCACCUAAAACAGGACCCGAACUCACACGUGGCCUGCGAGACGGCCACUAAAUCGGGUCAAAUCGUGGUGUUAGGAGAGAUCACCUCCAAUGCCGUUGUGGACAUCGAGCAAGUGGUCAGGGAUACCGUCAAAUCCAUCGGUUAUGACGACAAAAGCAAAGGUCUCGACUACCGUUCCGCUGACAUACUGAUACUGCUGGACAAACAGGCGGAGGAGAUCGCGUCGGGCGUUCACGUGAACAAAUCCAUUGAGGAUAUCGGCGCCGGAGACCAGGGGCUGAUGUUUGGUUACGCCACGGAUGAGACCGAGGAGUGUAUGCCCUUAACGGUCGUACUGUCCAGCAAACUUAAUGAACGUCUGGCGGAACUGCGUCGGAACGGCACCUUUCCCUGGGCCCGACCCGACUGCAAAACGCAGGUCACCUGCGAGUACUUCUUUGACAACGGCAGGGCUGUGCCCACACGGUGUAACAUAAGAGUUGGCCAUUUGUUGGUUAAGCCGCGAUGA